AUGGUCGAUUACGUAAAAUUCAAAAAUUCUACACCCGUCUCGUCAAAACAAAAGAAAUUCAAUGGAUCUCGAUACAAAGAUUACCUGUUCGGAUCCAUCGAGUCAUUGGACAUGGAAUGGGCAGAUAAAAUAGUCGAUUUCAACCCAGACCUAAAAAUGGAUACCAAUGCCUUCACAAAGUACGUGGACCGAAAUACGUCCAUGAGCACAGAUUGUGGCCUAGAUUUCAGCUCAAGCCUAAAUUCAAACUCAGAUAAGGAAACAUGUUUACCCGAUUUAGUAAACGGAGUGAGUGCAGUUUUCGACUCAAAGCCUACACAGAACAAAGCUCAUUUUGAUUUCUCAAGCGUUCAAAACAAGACUGGUACAUUUCACACAAAAUCAAACCAAUCACCAAGCAGCAGCAAUUCAUUUUCACAGACACCUACCAACACGUCCAAAGAUAGGGUCUAUUUAACUCCAUUAGAGUAUAAAAAGUUCCAGGAAGUCCAGACGAAAUAUGACGAGCUAGCCUCAGAGUUCGCUAAACUAAAACAGGAACACCAAGCAAAUCUGAAGGACGCUGAGUCAUUCAGAACAUGUAAGGAGAAGUUGAAUGCACCCAAACUAGAACUAGGAGCAGAAACGGAUCCAAGUGAGAAGUUGGAAGUUUUGUUGGACCACGUUUAUGAAAUUAUGAGUGAGACCUUCGGAACAGACAACACAUUAGUGUUUUACCUCGAAAAGUUUGCAAACCUAUACGUAAAUUACCAAAACCAAGUUAAGCUGGAACUUGCGUCACUUAGAGGCAAGACCGAAGUAGUUGAUAAUUUGGACAAGCUGGUUUCUGACAAGGCGAAAUACGACAAGAUUCUGGAGCAGAAGGAUAACACAAUAGAAUCUUUGGUUGAGGAACUGAAAAACCUGAAGACGGAGGACACUCUGGAGCUUAAUAAGCUCAAAGAAGAGCUGGAAAACAAAACAGAUGAACUCAAUAACAUGGUUCAAGAGAACUCAAAACUCCAAAAGGAGUACGGUUCGCAAGUAGACCUGCUUAACGAUGAACUGAAAAACUCCAAGUCUGAAUACGCAAAACUUCUCCUCGAUCAGAACGAAAUAUUAUCGCAAUUACCCCUCAUGACUUUGGAGGUUGCAAGUGACUCGAACAAUGACCUGGAUCAAAACCAGGAACUACUUGACUCACUCUCUAACUUCAAACCCGAAUUCUCUAAAUUCAAUUCAGACCUCCAGUUUUGGUCAGUUUCAGACCCAAACAGUAGUCUUGGGCCCGAUGAUUUUUCAAAUAAUGCUUCGAAAUCCAAAGGAUUCGACAAUUUUAAAUUCCUCCAAUCUUUGGUUCAAUCUCUCCACAAGAAGAAUGAGGAGGCCGUAGAAGUCAUAUCACAAAAGGAUGCUAUUAUCCGAGAGCAGCAGGAUGAGAUAUCCAAGCUUCAAAGUUCAGUAAAGGAGUGGGAGUCAGAUGCAGUGCUAUGGCUCGACUACGUCGACCAGUCAAGUUCAGUUUUGAACCUUGUGAACUGA